AUGUCAUAUGGCUCAACUUCUGUGGCUCAGAUGACUUGGACCGGUGCCAUAAUAUCUGCGGUUACAUUUAUCGCUUUACUGCUUGGCUUCUUACUUGUUCUUCCACGAUGGAAGCGUUAUGCGACACCUUCUCCAAGGAUAGCACCUCCCAUGUGCUAUAGAAUCCAGCAAAUUCCUGCUACUGUGACAGAAACGGAGCUUCUACGCCAGUUGGUCGAAUCUAUUCCAGGCUUGGAUGGACCGGGUAGUAACUCGGCAAGCCUUCGCUUGAAGAUCGCACACUCGUCUGGGCAGUCUCGCACCGCAACAUUCAUUUCAGCCAAAGCUCCAAAGAACCUAGGAUAUCACGUUGACAAAAAUUUCUACGGGAUAACCCUUUUAUAUGAGGGGGAGGAUGCCACGGUCGACAUCAUUGCGGUUCACGGUUUGGGCAGUCAUGCAAUUGGUGGAUUUCAGAAUAAAGAAACCCAAGCAGUCUGGCUACGCGAUUUUCUACCCAACGAUUUUCCGAACAGCAGGAUCCUUGUCUAUGGGUAUGGCUCAGCCGUCACCGAUAAAGACAGUAAGAUCUCCAUUGAGGGCCUGGCAAGGUCCUUUCUAGACUCCUAUAAGGCCUUCCGACAAACGACAGAGACCACACAGAGGCCGAUUAUUUUCGUUGGCCACAGUUUAGGAGGGCUUUUAAUCAAAGAGGCCCUCAUCUUAGCAAGUCAGGAUGAUAAAGACCGUGAAAAUAACGACUUCUUCAAAUCCGCAUCUGGGUUGAUGUUCUUUGGUGUCCCGAAUCUGGGAAUCAAUCUCGGAAAGCUACGAGAGAUUACCCGCGAUCAACUCAAUAACCAGCUGAUAGUGGAUCUCCAACUUGAUUCAGAAUCGGAACCCACUCCGUAUAUGAAAACACUACUAGGAAGGUUCAGAAGCUGCCAUGAGAAGCAGGAUCCUCCAAUGAGAAUUAUCUCUUAUUACGAGGAGAAGAUGACUGACACCCUGAUGGUCGACAAAAGGGGCAAAGUCUCAAGAGGAGGACAAAAGUGUUUCAUGGUGACAGAGGAAUCAGCGUGUCAGAUCGGGUUUAUGAACAACACCCACGAUAGGCUACCUUUACCUUCUAAUUAUUCAAACUUGGUAAAGUUCCUGAACGAGGCAGAUGACAGCUACAUAAGAGUACGGAACAAGUUGCGAAGACUUAUCGAAGAAGGACCGGAUGUUGUUUCCAAGCGAUUUGUACCCCCGACCAAACUUUCGUCAAAAGAGAAGCGACACUGGGAUGACUUGAACGUUCCUGACUACCGAGCCUUUUACAAAAGCGGAAAACUAGCGAAGCCAACUGAAGGUACUCUUCAAUGGCUCGUGCAAGAGGACCCUGCUGAAAAUAAUCCUUUUAUAUACUCCUAUGAUAAGUACCGGCAUGAUACUCACAGUCUGCGAACAAAAGAUUUCGAGGCAUGGCAAAGGAAUACGAAGCCAUGUGCACUGCUAGUACUUGGGCAACCUGGGCAAGGCAAAUCGGUAUUAUCGAAUUUCGUAGUGUCCCACCUCCAGCAACAGGAGUCCAUCGAUAAGAAGAGUAGUGUGAAAGUGAUCUACUUCUUCUGCAACAUCAAGGACAAUAACUCGAGAACUGCUUCUUCUGUUCUUCGGGCACUGAUAGUACAGCUAUCCGAAGACCAGAGACUUUUUCAGACUCUUCCCAACCGGUUUCAAGACCCAACAGAAUACAAGUCCUUUCACUCUGCCGGGUUCUAUGACCUAUGGAGCACGUUUCAUGAUCUGGUGUCUUUGAGCCCUUAUGACUGGAUUCACUGCAUCAUUGAUGGCUUGGACGUGUAUCCCGAUCCGGAGAUCAGACCCCUAGUGCAAAAAUUGCACGACAUGGUCCAAGUCAAGACAACAUACCGGCUGAAGCUGUUCUUCACCAGUCGGCCAACUGGUCCUGUGGACAUGUUUGCGACUGAACUAAGACGAAACCUUCGACCGCCUCAAAAAGCUAUAAAAACUUUCAUCGAGUCGCAGGUCGAGUCGUUGCCUGCAAGAUUCAAGAGCUUCAAAAGAGAAAUAGUCGACUCUCUUUCGAAAUUUGCAGGGGGGACUUUCCUUUGGAUACAUAUCGUACUAGGGGAGGUCCGGAAACUUCGGUAUCCAACCAGUAAUUUGGUUCAGGCAACAAUAAAUCAAACACCACGAGAGCUCAAUGAGCUGUAUAUGGCCCUUAUCCAGGCCGCGUUCAAAGACGACCACGAUAAGGCCAUUUUGGCCUGGGUAGCCUAUGCCAAAAGACCACUUUCUCUCGAAGAAUUAGAAAUGGCCGUUGCUGUCAUGGUUACGAAUGCGAACAGCUUGUCAGAAUGCAAUAGGCAGAAGGCCUCUUUGGAUAGUGAUUCCAUUCAUGAAAAGCUGGGAGCAUUAAUCGAUAUCAUUAACAACAAGCUCUAUCUAAUCCAUCAGUCGUUAUUGGAUUUUUUGAAGGGCCAACCGGAAAUAUGGGAGAAAGGAGGCCUCGCACUGAAGUUCCAACGACAUCCGAAUAUCGAGUUAGGGAGGGCGUGUCUAAACUAUCUAAGUUUUGCCGAUUUAACCUCCAACGAUAAAUCCACCGUUAACCGACCCGGCAUCCCGUUUGUUUCUCUUUUCCCUCAAUAUGCUUCUGAUCAUUGGUAUGAGCAUAUACAGAGCGCUGAGGACGUCACGGGCAUCACGGAAAAGCUGAAAUACGUAUUAAAAGGCCCAAACAAGAUGUUUUGGCUAAACAGAAACCUUCGGUGGAACCAAAGGGUUUCCCAGAGAAUUUUUUUUCGUGGACGUCAAUCAUCAAUAUUCAGCAUUUCCCUCGUGUUAGAUAUUGAUUGGCUAGCACGAAUACUGGUAGAUAAGAGCAUACCAGAAAUCUCCUGCGCUUUGAAAGAAAGCCACCUAGUAACAGCAACUGAAGGUGCACCAAAGGUGCUUCAGGAGCUGCUACGGGAUAAAGGCGCUUUACCAAAGGUCAAUAUAGGAGCGGGCAAAAACAGACUCAGAAACAACAUCCUUCUAAUGGUCCUCCUGGAACAUGGGGGUAAAGAAGUUAAGAUCUCAGAACCCGUGGUUAUGGCAGCAGCAAUGAUGCGCUACUUAGGGAAGGAGACCCUAGAGCUAUUGCUAGAGGAGAGAGGCGAUGAGGUUCAAAUCACGGAGAAUGUUCUUUUUGCAGCAGCAGUGAAUUCCAAGAGUGGGAAGGAGAUCCUAGAACUGCUGCUAGAGAAGAGAGGCGAUGAUUUUCAGAUCACGAAGAAGGUGGUUACACAAACAAUAUACAACGUUGGUUGUGGAAAGGAAAUCCUAGAGCUACUGCUAGACAAGAGAGGGGACGAGGUACAUAUCACACAGGCGCAGAUUCGACACGCAGCAAACCUUCAGGAUGAAAAAUUCCUGGAGCUACUGUUAGAGAAUAAAGGCAAUGAGAUACAGAUCACAGAGAAGGUGAUUCUAGAAACAGCAGAGAAUAUCUCUCACGGCAAGAAAAUCUUCGAGCUACUGCUAGAAAAGAGAGCCAAUGAGGUUCAGAUCAAGGUUCAGAUCACGGAGAAGGUGAUUCUAGCAGCAGCAAAGAACAGUUCUCAGGGUGGGAAAAUCCUAGAGCUACUGCUAGAGAAGCGAGGAAAUGAGGUUCAGCUCACGGAGAAGGUGAUUGCAGCAGUGAAGCAGUGGAAAUCAGGGAGGAAGUGGUUAGAGCAGCAAGGGAUUGUAGGCUGA